GCAAAACCUUUUCCUUUGGCUUAAACGGUUUCUGUUGCAACGAAACGUUUUGAAACAGAAACAGCGCAAUUAAUGAAUCCCUGAUGUUGCAGUUUAUUGAGAAGGGGCAAUAGUCCAGAGAGUUUAUAUUCGGUAUUAUAUGUGUCGCUUUUAUUAGAAAAUUAAUUAAAACAUAGGCCUACAUCCUUAUUUAUUCGAAUAACCUACACUGACUGAGUCAGUUCAACCUUCACCGGCUCUGUGGACUUCGAACUCCCAUUACACCUGUCUUCACAACAAGGAAGUAUUGAAUCCUUCGUUCGUACCUUUUGAAAGGAAGCCAUUUCUCAGCAAGCUCACUGAUGAACAGCACCUCAGAGGAGAUGGCGAUGGACUCGGAGGUCCCCCAAAAUGAGUCGCUCAUACGUUUCGCGUCUCCAAUUCUUAACAAGUCAGACAUAUCGAACAUGACAAUAAUUCAAACAGGGAAUGGGACUAUUGUGGCACACGAUAUCUUCUUGAAUACGACUGCUGCUCAAGCUCUGUCUGGGAUCUUCGUCUGGUCAGCGCUGCUCCUCACUUGCCACCAGAUCUACACACACCUGAGGUCCUACACAGUCCCUAACGAGCAGCGCUACAUCAUUCGCAUUCUUUUCAUCGUGCCAAUCUAUGCGUUCGACUCCUGGCUCAGCCUGCUCUUCAUCAGCAACGACCAGUACUAUGUCUACUUUGACUCCGUCCGAGACUGUUAUGAAGCAUUUGUGAUUUACAACUUCCUGAGCCUGUCCUUUGAGUACCUCGGGGGAGAGAGUGCCAUCAUGUCCGAGAUCCGAGGGAAGUCCAUUGAGUCGAGCUGUAUGUAUGGUACCUGCUGCUUAGGUGGAAUAAGCUACUCUAUUGGCUUUUUAAGAUUUUGUAAACAGGCCACUCUUCAGUUCUGUGUCGUCAAACCCAUCAUGGCCGUCAUCACCAUCCUCCUGCAGGCCUUUGGCAAAUAUCAUGAUGGAGACUUUAAUGUGAAUGGAGGAUACCUCUACAUCACCAUCAUCUACAACAUCUCUGUCAGCCUGGCCCUGUACGCUCUCUUCCUCUUCUUCUUCGCUACCAGUGACCUGCUGAGGCCUUAUGAACCCGUGCUCAAAUUCCUCACCAUCAAAUCUGUCAUCUUCCUGUCCUUCUGGCAGGGUAUGUUGCUGGCCAUCCUGGAGCGCUGUGGGGUCAUCCCUAACGCCCUGUUUAUCGACGGCCAGGAGGUGGGGGCCGGCACUGUGGCAGCAGGCUGGCAGAACUUCAUCACCUGCAUCGAGAUGUUCUUCGCUGCUAUCGCCCUGCGCUACGCCUUCACCUGCACCGUGUACCAGGAGAAGAAGAACGAUCUACCAGGGACACACGACAACAUCGCCCCCAUGCAGAGCAUCUCCAGUGGUCUGAAGGAGACAAUGAACCCUGGGGACAUGGUCCAGGAUGCCAUCCACAACUUCUCCCCAGCCUACCAGCAGUACACCCAGCAGUCCACCCAGGAGGUGGUACAGCCCAGCCAGAACAACGGCAAGGCAGGCACAGGCGGCAGCAGCAAGAGCUCCAAGAAAUCUGACAAAGUCCUGCUGAUUAUCUCUGAUGACGAAUUCUAAGGACACCCAGGUGAGGAAACACCCAGGACAACACUGGCACCGCAUAUCCCACUGUCAGACCUGGCAUCCGUCUGUGUGGUUCAUUUUCAUCUUCUUUCAUUUCAUUUCUUAAGAUGAAAUCUUUACUUUCGUCCUGGUUUUAAAGUAACUGUCCAGUGUUUCUAUGAAAUAUGAUCUAUAUAUAAUUAAUUACAAAAUUUGUGAAAGUUUUCCUUCCAAAAAUGUUUAUGUAUGCAGUUUUUCUGUGUUGGAAUGGUGUCGGCGUACCCCAACAAUAGAAUGGUGAGGUAAAAAUAUUAAUGUGAGUAGAUAGCUGAUUGGCCAGCUGAGGAGGAUGACAUCAUCUAUGAAAUAGCAAGCAUGUUUUAAACGGUCUGUUUGAAAUAGAAGUUUGAGGUAAGAUUUUUGAAGUGUUUUUCUCCAGUUGAUGCUUUCGACACAAUAUUAUUUGGGUACGAAUUAAGACAGUACCGGUAUGAACUUUUAAAAGUGAGAUUUUCACUGGACAGUUAAUUUAAUGAAUAAUUAUUGCAGGAAAGAUCAAGAAGGGGACCGAAUGAAGAUUUGAAUAACCUUAUGAGAUGCCUUUUGUUUCUGCCUUGCUAGUCAUGAUACUAUGGGAAAAUAGCCUGUCUGAUGAGCCGUUUCAGACAUGGCAGGUAGUGAUGCAAUUUUUAUUUUGGUCUUUUCCCUGAUCCUGGUUCGGUCUCUAUCGUAGCAGUGACUGAGCUCUACUCUGGCCGCUGAAGUAUGUACUCCACUCUCUCUGAUUCAUGGGAGUUUCAAAUAGGAGCUGAUUAAUGUACGACUUCAGGAGGGAACCCAGGAAUCGUGCCCGUCAUGGCUGGCUCUGACACUUCAAGGACCAUCUCUUGCAUUUGUGUGUUUGAAGUAUUUGCUCAGCAGUCCUCUGUUGGGUCUCCUGACGAACUGAAUUCUUUUUUCAAAGACACAACUGACUUUGGAGCAGGAACUUCAAACUCUAGACUUUGGCGCUUUGAAAUCCUUUGUAUCUAACAUGCCACAGACAAAUUGGAGGAUAAGGCCGACUCCCACUAACUUGGAGGGUUGUGGUAUUCUCAUUAAUUUUCUCAGCAUGGAUUUCAGUGUAUAAUUCAGCAGAGCUCUACAAUGUUAACCCUAAAAAAAACAUUUGCAGUAUUGUAAAUAGUUUGAGUAGAACCUUUAUAGUUUCUGAUGUUCGUAUUAUUGUUCCUUUCAAUUCACUGAAGAUAACAUUUGUACAGCAAUUGUUUGAUUGGUUUAAAUUAUGCAGUGUACUUUGGUCUCAAUGUUUAAUUUUUUAGACAUGUUUGCUGUUAUGUUUACCUUAAUGACAGUUUGAUAAAUUGCUAUAUUGUAAAUAAGCUAUGUAGUAUGAACAAUGUGUUUUCAGUGAUUUCUGCAGAUCAGUUUGAUAUUUCAUGAUAUUUAAGUUGGUUUCAUGUCAUUAGAAAAUAUAUAUAUUUUGUUUGUGGCAAAUUGUGAUAGAGGGACACCAUCUACCCUAUAAUUUUGAACUGUGUUUAAGUUAGGGAAAUUAUGUGCAAUGUAAUCACUUUUUCCAUACCCUCAUGUGCCAAUUAAUGCUGCCUUACUGGGAAAGCAGACACAGAUGUAGAGUUGGAUAUAAAGUGAUCACUGAGAUGUCGUGUAACUAUAGUGUCUAUUACUGAAUUCUGCUUUAUUUGGUUGUCACAUUUUUGCACUCAGGUAAAAUAAACGAUUAAAGAGAUGUUCCGGGA